UGGGAUCGUAAAGGGCUGAGAUGUGAGGUGAGGCUCAGAGUAGAUUCAGGCUCUGUUUCAUCUGGUUUGCGGGGCUCUAGGUAACACUUUGGACUAGUGUGGACGUCAGUAUUGGGUGCCAGGAGAGAGCUACGUGGUCCCACAUUAAUCAACUUGUCUCUGUGCUUGGGUCUGCUGCGUUUUGAGAUCAGAAGUGCUUGAGGCUUAUUGUGGUUGGAGGUUGGUGACCGGCUGAAAUCAGGAAGAGCUCUGAGUGCCCGUACCGUCUCCCGAACCACUUCAUGAAUUUGCUGAGCAAUUCCUUGGUUUCCUGUACAAAACAGACAUUAUUAGGAGCAGUCCAAUGUUAAGGCAGUACUACAAUCAACACAGCCUUUAUUCUUAAUUACCUUGGUCUCUUGCUUCCAUCCAGAUCUCUCCAGGACCGUCAGGUGCUGACCUGCCAAGCUCCAAGAAGAACGAGCCAUCCAAGUGGCCAAAGCGCCGAACACUCAGCAAAGCACCAUGGUCUGAUCCUUGGCAUACACCGCCACCGUGUGGCCUUUCCUGGAACUGCCAGUCCGGCUCACACCAAGACAGCACCUCAGAACAGCACAGCUUUACCAGAAGACUUCUCCAUUGCUGUGAACUUCUCCUGGUUCUUGUACCACUCAAGUCGGCUCGGCCCAGUGUGACUUCCUGCUCUCAGGACAAAAUAUCUUCUGUGGUUUCGCUCCAGCUUCCCCAGGUAACCUUGUUUCACCACAUCACUCUGUGGCCCAGCAGAGGUUAUGAGGGCGCUGGCUAGAGGGACAAGAGGGCCGGUAGUCUGGCUGGUACAGAAGAGUUCUUCGUAGAAACGAGAUGAAGGAAGUUCACUUGUCUGCAUCCCACUGUGAUGGUCCUCAGAGUCCUCAUCCUGCUCCAUUUGAAGAUUGUUCACCCAGGGACGCCGCAGGGGAGAUUCAACUGGCAGCCGUGUUUGGGUAGAGCUGCAACAGGGAGACGACAGAGGGGAGCUGGAAGCAGGAUGUCUCUCCUCCUGGGUGUCCUCUCUCAGGUCCUCAGCUGGGCCAGCCUCUGUCAGGUCCUGAAAAUGGUUGGUACAGGACUGGUUGCGGUGGUUGCAGUUUGGAUAGUGAGGCUGUUUGUGCAUCACGCCUGGUACACACACAGACUGUCCUGCUUCAGCAAGCCACCUGCAGACUCCUGGCUGAAAGGCCACCUGGGCCAGAUGCAGAGCACAGAGGAAGGUCUCCUCCAGGUGGAUGACCUGGUGCGCACAUACAAACACUCCUGCAGCUGGUUCCUUGGGCCUUUCUAUCACCUAGUCAGAGUCUUCCACCCUGACUAUGUCAAACCUCUACUAAUGGCAUCUGCCAGCAUUACAGUGAAAGAUGAGCUUAUCUAUGACCAUCUGCGGCCAUGGCUUGGACAGAGUCUGCUGCUAAGCAACGGGGAAGUGUGGUCUCGCAGGAGGCGACUGCUGACUCCGGCCUUUCAUUUUGAUAUUCUGAAGAACUACGUUGUCACGUUUAACACGUCAGCUAACACCAUGCAUGAUAAAUGGCGCCGCCUGGUGGCAGAGGGCAGGACCAAUCUAGAGAUGUUCGAUCAUAUCACUCUGAUGACACUGGACAGUUUACUUAAAUGUGCCUUUAGCUACAACAGCAACUGUCAGGAGUCUACCAGUGAGUACGUGUCAGCCAUAGUGGAGCUCAGUGACCUGAUAAUUGAUCGCCGCCUAAAGAUUUUACACCACUGGGACUGGAUUUACUGGAAAACGCAGCAGGGGAAACAAUUCAAAAAGGCCUUGAGUGUUGUACACAGGUUCACCAGGGAAGUGGUUCAGAAGCGGCGUGCCCUCAUUGGCCAACAGAAGGAGACAGAAACAGAUUUCACCAAAGCACCACAGAGAAAGAGAGAUUUUGUGGACAUCAUACUGCUGUCAAAGGAUGAGGACGGACAAGGCCUAACAGAUGAGGAGAUACAGGCAGAGGCCAACACCUUCAUGUUUGCUGGCCACGACACAACAGCCAGUGCGAUUUGCUGGACGCUGUAUAAUUUAGCACGCCAUGCCGAAUAUCAGGAAAGAUGCAGGCAGGAAGUGAUGGAUCUAAUGCAAGGACGAGACAGAGAGGAAAUAGAGUGGGAGGAUCUGGCCAACCUUACCUUCACCACCAUGUGCAUCAGGGAAAGCCUCAGACUCCACUCUCCUGUGCAGGCUGUAACAAGGAAAUACACCCAGGACAUGGUGCUGCCAGGCAAUCGGACUGUGCCAGAGGGUACCAUUUGCUUGGUCAGUAUUUACGGAACACACCACAACCCCACUGUCUGGACAAACCCAUAUGAGUUUGAGCCCCUGCGUUUUGACCCAGCCGACACAGAAAACCGAUCUUCUCAUGCCUUCAUCCCCUUUUCUUCAGGCCCCAGGAACUGUAUUGGUCAGAAAUUCGCUCUGGCAGAGCUGCGAGUCGUUGUGGCGCUGACCCUGCUCAGGUUUCGUCUGACCCUGGGGGUGAACCCUGAACUCGGGUCCAGCUCUGGAGGCGUUCGCCGUCUCCCCCAGCUCGUCCUGCGUGCUGAGGGAGGCCUGUGGCUGCAGCUGGAGCCUCUGACCACACCAAACAUGGAGGAACCACAGGCUGAAUGAUCCAACAAGAUGACAUGUUGACCUGUUUUAUAAUAUAACAACAAAAACCCCAAAUGUUAUAAGUUUAUUACUGUUCUUGUCGCUGUAUUUAUGCCUACUGUAAUGUUUCUCAAUGCAUUUGCAACCUUUGUUCUUUGUUUGGCUACAUGAAUCUUUUAUUAUCAAUUUAAAAAUGAACAUAAUACAAUUUAAUGAUGUAUUAAUAAAAUACGUAAUUUACAGUUGAAACAUUUAUUAUUGUUGUGCUGAUUGGUUUAAAUAAAUCCUGACUUUGAAAAAAACUCUUCCACUUCCAGGUUGUUGUUAUCUGUAGGGCCUGGGCUAGAUUAGGGUCUGAGCACGUUAGACCUGGAAAAUCAAGGGCUAAAAUACCUUAUCCAUGCAUUACUCUAUAGAUAAAGCAUAGAAAAUAACUCAGUUUGGCUGUGCAGGUAGUUUCUUCCACCUCAUGCCUUGGUUUCUGCUCUUAUAUGCAAUGUCACCCACGAGGCCUCAGGUAGAGAGGUUUGUGCCUUUCCAAUUCAUGUCCAAAGUUGAAUUUACCACAGCUGGACUCUCAAGGUGCAGAAACAUCCUAUCAAAAGAAAUUGUAGGCACCUGUGUACAAGUUUUUUCCUUUUUUAUAAAUUUCUAAAAUUCUGUUUUCACCAUGUCAUUAUGGGUGAUUAAGUGUAGAUUGAUUUUUUUUUUUUUUUUAAUAUUUUAUUUUUCACAUAAACCUGCAACAUUUUAGCAUAAAUCUGCAACAUAACAAAAUGUAAAUAUAGUGCACUGUAGCCUCAGAUUGUGUAGAAACCCGGUAGAAAUCAGCAGAGGUUACACUCCUUUUUGUUACUUUGACAUCCCAGAGGGGCGGAGACUGAGCUGUUUGAGCUGGAUACAUGUACUUUCACUUUAAGCUUCCUUCAACUGUCCCCUCCGUCUGUCGCCAGUUAACUAACUUUUUAAGCUAGCACACUUAGCCUGUUAUGUUUUUAGCUUUUAAAUAACAUGACUUGACAUGUUUCUCUGGCUUCAGAACAGAAGCGGUUUAAAUUUGACUGUUUAUCUGACUGUUUAACGUUAAACAUGUGGCCGACUGUGUGCCUGAAGAUGUUGACGAUGUCGUGUCUUUUCCUGGCUGUUGUGUCCACACAGUCCGAGAUUAUACUCUUCAUGAAGGAGGGCGAUGAAGUUGUUCUCAAACCAAACAGCUCUGUGAAUAAGCCCAUCACCAGCAUCGUGUGGAAGGAUGGUUCUAACCUUGCCAUCCAGUGGGAUCAAUCUGAUCCGGAUAUCAC